CAGCCAGUCUCGCGCAUUCAGGGAUCAGGUAUAGCUGGGCAGCGUGGAGGUGCACGAGCUUCACCCUUAACGACGAGAAAAUUAAAAAAGUUGGACAAAAUUAAUUAAUUAAAUGAAGGACUUCACUGUACGACCACAUGGAAAGGCGCGUCUUCGAGGCUGAGAGGAAUCAGGACGAGUCAGAAACAACUGAAGGAUCAAUCCUGAGGAGCAGCUUGGAAUUUCAUUCAAACUAAAGACCCCCCCCCCAAAAAAAAAAAAAAAAAAAAACUACAAAUUUGGUAAAUCUAUAAAUCUCGGGAUCACGAGGCUCUCGGUUCUCUCGGCGCGUGUCACGUUUUCCGACGUCUCCCCGCACAUGCAAAUGGCGUGUUGUCUGAAGGACGAGCUCCUGUGUUCCAUCUGCCUGAGCAUUUACCAAGACCCGGUGAGUUUCGGCUGCGAGCACUACUUCUGCCGCAAGUGCAUCACGGAGCACUGGAGCAGGCAGGAGCACCACGGCACGCGCGACUGCCCCGAGUGCAGGAGGACCUUCACCGACCCGCUGCUCUCGCCCAGCCUCAAGCUCUCCAACAUCGUGGAGAGGUACUCGGCCUUCCCGCUCGACGCCAUCCUCAACGCCCAGAGGAACACCUACCCGUGCAAGGACCACGAGAAGGUCAAGCUGUUCUGCCUCAGCGACAAGAGCCUGGUGUGCUUCUUCUGCGACGAGCCCGCGUUACACGAGCAGCACCAGGUCACCACCAUCGACGAGGCUUAUGAGGAAAUACAGAGGGAGAUGACAGAACAGCUGACGGCUCUGCAGGACAGCGAGAGAGGACACACCGAGGCUUUACAACUGCUGCAGAGACAGCUGACCGAGACCAAGUCCUCAGCUAAAAGCCUGCGAGCCACGAUUGGCGAGGCGUUUGAGCGUCUGCACCGCUUCCUGCGCGAGAGGCAGAAGAGCAUGCUGGAGGAACUGGAGGCCGACACGGCUCGCACCUUGUCCGACAUCGAGCACAAGAUCCAGCGCUACAGCCAGCAGCUCCGCGACGUCAAGGAGGGCAUCCAGAUCCUGCAGGAGAAGCUCAGCGAAACCGGACGCCACGAGUUUCUGGAAGGGGUGGCGCUCACGGCCGAAAGAAUAAAAGGCAAAAUACACGAAACCAACCUUACCUAUGAAGAUUUUCCGACAUCUAAAUACAUGGGUCCGUUACAGUACACAAUCUGGAAGUCUCUGUUCCAGGAUAUCUCUCCAGUGCCUGCCGCUUUGACACUGGACCCGUUGACGGCCCACCAGAGACUGAUCCUGUCUGACGACUGCACCAUAGUGGCGUACGGGAACCUGCACCCGCAGCCUCUGCAGGACUCGCCGCGCCGCUUCGACGUGGAGGUGUCCGUGCUGGGGGCCGAGGGCUUCUGCUCGGGGGUGCACUACUGGGAGGUGAUGGUCUCGGAGAAGACCCAGUGGAUGAUCGGCGUGGCCAACGAGACGGUCAGCCGCAAGGGCAGCAUUCAGAUCAGCCCGAGCCGCGGCUUCUACUGCAUCGUCAUGCACGACGGCAACCAGUACAGCGCCUGCACCGAGCCCUGGACCCGCCUCAACGUCAAAAGCAAGCUGGAGAAAGUGGGCGUGUACCUAGACUACCCCAAAGGCCUGCUGGUCUUCUACAAUGCCGACGACAUGUCCUGGCUCUACACGUACCGAGAGAAGUUUCCCACUAAGCUGUUCCCGUACUUCAGCCCCGGUCAGAGUCACGCCAACGGAAAGAACGUGCAGCCGUUACGGAUCAACACCGUGCGACUAUAGGCUGCCCAUCCGAUUCAACCUUCAGUCUUCAAAAGAACAAUAGUGGUUUUUUUUGUUUUGUUUUUUUUUUUGGGGUGCUCUGGGUGCAUUGUUAAGUUCUGGUUGAAAAUGCCAGACACGCUUUACAGCACCGUGACCUCGCGAAUAUUUUUCAAUUCUAGCUUUCGACAGUGUGGUGCAUUGGAAACAGCGAUGGAAAUUCCUGCACACUUCUGAUGCGACAUUUCCUCUGUGGGCUUUUUGUACAUUCAGUGUUCUGGUCAUUUGUAAUCGUGCCGUGGCCCUCUCACUCUCCCAGCUGCUCCGCGCACACACACACACACACACACACACACACAAUGCUCCGACUCAUAUCCUGUCAACCUCCAGAGGCCAAGUGCUCACUCUCAGCCUUCUUCUGCUCAGUGAGAGAGAGAGAGAGAGAGAGAGAGAGAGAGAGAGAGAGGGAGAGCUUCUGUUGUAUUGCAGCUCAAGAUGUGAAGAAAUGUCGCUUUUUAUUCAUCGUGCACUCAGCUUUGGUGUGUCCUGUGGAAUGUCCUGUACUGUAUACCACUAUUCUUUUCUCUUUUUUUUUGUACACAUUUAAAUCUUGUGCAUUUCCCGGUGAUUAAUGAGAUAAGACUGUGGUUUUUUUAAUGGCUUUUAUUCUCUUCCGUUCCCCGCUGUGAUGACAAUGGCAGGUGUUCUGCUGCUCAGGUGACAUUUAUCCAGGGCAGCGGUCUUUGCAAUCGACCAGCAGUAAUUGCAGCGUGUCCGAGUGUGUGGGUGUGUGAGUGUUUGAGGUGACUCUGUCCCUGACACUUCAGUUUCUUGUCCUGUUUGAGCUUCAGGACGCUGCAGGAAGAACGAACUCGCGUCACCUGUCGGUUACGUGAGGAAUAAAACACAGCAGAGUUACAGUUCCCACCCAGAAGUUGAACACUGUGUUAUAACAGCAUGACCUGAGGUGUUUUAUUCCCCUUAUACCACAGCCAGAGAUCACAAGUGAAGAACAACACGUCGCACUUUUUAUCCGUUCAUAGUUACGUUUAAUAUUGUGGAUUGCCCAUGAAACAGGUUCUCACUUACAUUAUAGCAACUGUAAACAGUCUUUCCUUCACCAGCGUCUCUUUUUUUUUUUCCUCUCUCUUCAAAGUGAUAAGACCAACAACAACAACAAAAAAAAAACGAGGCGAGUCAUGUUACCGAGAAACCACAAAAAAAGGUAAUUUCCUGUUUUCUGAAGACUUUCCGUGGUGUAGAACUGGAGACUCCUUCAGUAAACGUUAAAUAAAUGUCUAAUUACAGAAAACUUCAACGAUUAAAUAAUAAUAUUAACGAUUAAAUUUUUUGCUAUAUCACAAUUUAUUAGUCUUUGAUUUUGUGUAGAUAUUCCUUCAUUCAAGUCCGUGUGAAUGAGCUGUUACUAUAGAAACGAUAAUGGUUAAUAAAAACCCGCACUCUUAUAGAAAAUGAAUCACAUUCUGACCAAUCAGAAUCAAGAAUUCGACAUGGCUGUGGUAUAAAACAGGACGUUUUUGAACGUAUUGCAGGUGACCGAGUGACUCUACGCUCUUCUGAUCCUAUUCCCAUCUUUUUAAAUUUAUUCUACUCGUGUUCAUUUCUUAUUUCUUUAUUCCAAGUCACGCUGUUGUUCCUCUGGACGUCUCAGUGGGACGGUCAGUGUGUUAAAACAAGCAAGGGCUGUUACUGCAUCGGGCCAUCUGUCAACUCGAGCACGUUUAACGAGGCAGAAAUGGUGCGAGGCAGUUGCUUGAUUUUGCAAAUUCAAACUCAAUCCAUUCCAUGUAUAUUUAAAAAAAAAAAAACACAAGGGCCAAACAUUUUUAUUUCUAUUUUUCAUGUAAAUAGUUAAUGUUGUUGGGUUUUUUUCUGUUGUGGUGUGUUCAGUGGAGGCAGAUACCUCGUGGGUUCUGCCUUUAGAGUCUUACAUGAAAGUCCUGCACAAUUGUUUUUUCUAAAGAACACUACGUCUGUUUGUGAACGCACUUUGUUCCUCAUUUGUUUGCCCUGAAGGGAUGUUGCCACUACUGCAGUGUAAACAUUCGCUACGACGAUAUUCUCUACGGCCUAAUUAUAAAAUGUGGCUUCUUUUGUGCUAAUGCUUCAGGGAGCCUUUACAAUUUCUUUGUAUUUGUGGUUUUGUUCCCACAUCAGCAAUAACCGCUUCCCACUAUAGCGUACCAGGAAAACGUGCACUGGACAAAAAAAGUUCAUGAUCAUGUGACUUUGUGACUUUAAAAAUGAAUGUCUAAUGCAAACCCUGACACUCAGGCCAGUAUAAAACUCACAGAUUAGAUAUAAAUAUUAGCUUCUCGUGUGUGAGCUCUAAUACUUGGUUAAGCUUCUUCCGCUGGCUGUGUGCAAUUUAAAGGGGUGCCAAAAUUUACGGUUUAUCCGUAGCAUUUAUGAUUUUUGACCCCUUGCUACAGUGAUGUGGGAACGACCUGAGGAUUACUUCAUUCUGUUUUUUCAGAUAAGGCACCAGAAAAUAUUCGCCUGGCAGGAAAGCUGAUUCACUGAAAGGGAAAGGACUUGGCAAGUGAGAGGUGCAGUUUCACUUCUCGUCGUGGUUACUUUUGCUUUCGACUUUAUAUCAGCGACCUUUGAACUGUGAAUACACAAGCCUCCAUUUUGUGAACCAACAGAAAGCAAGAAGGAAGGAUUAUGGUCUCUUUGAUCAGAUAAAGAAAUGGAGAAGCUGUUUAAUAUUAUGUAGUGAAUUUUUUGACUUUUUUGUUAACAGUUGCUUUGAAAAAGUGAAUCGCCGUCUCGUCCAUCGACAUACAAAAUUCUGCUUCUUUAAGAUUUCUUUUCUAGGAUUUUCUUGUUAGCAAUAUUGGCACCUCUGCUUUGACCGUAAAUAUCUCAUGUAGUUGAGAUAAACAAAGUACAAAACUCAGGACAGGCUUAAAUAUUAGCUCCCCAGAGAAAAAAAAAAAGAGUUGCAUGUGUAAUUUUUUCCCCUAAUACUUGGUUAAACGCUCUUCCAUGCCUUAAUAACAGCAUCAGUCCUGUCAGCUGAGGAUGACUCCUACCAGAUGUUAGUUUGUGGAUCACUACUUUGGUGUUUCACUCCACUAUUGUAAAUGAUUUUAUAAGCGAUAAGUUCGAUGAGGCUUGUCGAACAGCGCUCAGACAGAUUUAAGCUACAGUCGUCAGCAGUCGUUAUAUUGGUCCUGAUGCACAACCUGUAGACAAAAGGCAGUGAUGUUAAUGAACAGGACUCACUUUUUAAAAAAAUUAGGUUCAUGUUCUGAGUUUCUCUGCUUUUGUUUCACUUCUUUUCCAGUUCCCAGGUUAUUUAUUAUAUGAAGGCGCUAGGAUGCUGGGUGUGCAUCUCUAUUUUUCAGUCAGAAGUUAACACCGUUCUUAUAAACACAGUGCCUUAGAUGGCUGAGUUAUUUACAGGUGCAAAGCCACAAACUCAUCUGAUCAUUAAUUCACUGCUAACUUGUUUUGUCCAGACACAGAAUCUGCUUUAAAGACUCUGUGGAAUGCAUAUUUCAGUCACAUAUUUGAACUGGCGGGACUUCGGUUUUGUUUAUUGGGAUUCGAUUGGCUUGAGAAAAGUGGGCGGUCCAAAACAAACACACUAGCGUGCAGUCGAUCGUAGAGGAAAGCUCGAUUCCCAGCAUUUAAGGAUGCGAGAUAGAGGAAAUCCGACUAACACUGGAGGUGGAGAUGAAGAAGAGGAGACGAGUUCGCUCCAGGUGUGCGGCCAUGUUAGAAUUAGACAAACAACUAGCCAAUGCGGAGCUCUUGAGUAUCACGGCUAAUUAAUGCUACUGUUUAGGUAAGCCAACCCGUAAGUAUUGGCACCCUGGGUAAAAUGAAGUGGUGACUCGAAUGCCAAGGCCGACGUUUGUGCUCUAAAGUGGUGGUGGUUUUAUAUAUAUAUAUAUAUAUUUGUCCAUCCCUCAAUUCUACCAUAACAUAAAUUAAAAUAUCCGAGAAAAAGUCGCUGCACAGUAGUGGAGAGUUCCAGACCAAGAAAAAGAUUUGUACAAAGCUGACCAAGAACAUGAGCUGAGAGGAUAAAAUAGAUAUAAAUGCGUUUCUGUGACACUGCGAGCACUAAUUAUUGGCACUGUUAGUGUUAAUGUAGACCAAACUUAAUUGUUUUUGCCUUCACUCUUUUUUUCUUUUCAUUCUUCAUUCCAUGUAUUUACCUCUGCACUCUUGGGUUAUUUAUAUUAUUCCGUGUGUGUGUGUGUGUGUGUGUGUGUGUGUGUAAUGUUUGCUCUGUUUGUGUUUAAAGGGUUUGGGCAGCGCCCAGCAUUAUGGGAUGUGUAAAGCAGCACAUCUGGAGCAGGGAUCUGUACAGUUGUGUAGGGCUGGUGCCGUUUAUCCGAGGCAAUCAGCUCUUGUUAUUAGAUGGUUUUGGGGAAACGUGAGAUAUAUCAUGCAUUUUACAAUGUUUACUAUAAUGAUUAUAACGGUGAUGAAUCUGAUGAUUGUGUGUCCGGAUGACUGAUGCUUUGCACCCAUCGUUGUGUAAACGCACUGUGGUGUGCUCUCGCUGCUGGACGUUCAUGAGAAAAAUGUUUUACUGUAUGAAUAAAGAAUGGUGAAACCAA